AUGGGGCUGAAGGGAAAAAGUACAAGGACAGCCUGCACCUGGCCCUGCACUGGGCUCUGCCUCUGGAGGAUACUCCUGCUGCUCACCGGUGCCUGGACGGUGCACUCGCAGACAUCAGAAGAGCCCAAGUCAUCACUGUAUUUCUGGGAAACAGGGCCCUGGGGCAGAUGCAUGGGCAGUGAGUGUGGCCCUGGAGGGAGCCAGAGCCGAGCGGUGUGGUGCGCCCACGUGGAAGGCUGGACCACGCUUCACACCAACUGCCUCCAGACGGACAGACCGCCCAACCAACAGAACUGCUUCCGCGUGUGUGACUGGCACAAGGACCUGUACGACUGGAAGCUGGGCUUGUGGAACCAGUGCGUGCCCGUGUCACUGCGGACUGGUGCCGCCCGGCCGGCCGUGUGCCUGGAGGGUGAGGAGGGCAUCCAGACUCGGGAGGUGGGCUGCGUCCUCAAGGCGGGCGCGGCUCCUGCCGACGACACCAUAUGCGAGUACUUUGAGCCCAAGCCGCGGCUCGAGCAGGCGUGCAUCAUACCGUGCCCGCGCGACUGCGUGGUCUCGGAGUUCACGCCCUGGACCUCGUGCUCCAAGACCUGUGGCACGGGGCUCCAGAACCGCGUCCGCAGGGUCCUGGUGCCUCCCAUGUUCGGAGGCUCCGGCUGCCCCAACCUGACCGACUUCCAGACGUGCAAGCCGGGCCCGUGCGAGGGCCGCGACAGCGUCUUCAGCCUCAGGAUGGGCGGCUGGAGCAACUGCUCUCUGCCCGUCGUCCGUGCCACCAGGCAGGCGCGGCGCCGGAAAGGCGACAGGAAAGAGCGCAAGGGGGGUGGUGGUGGGGCAGGGGGCGUCAAGGACCCCGAGACCCGCGAGCUCAUCAAGAGCAAACGGAACCGCAACCGCAUGAACCGGCAGGAGAGCGACCUGUGGGACAUCCAGGUGGGCUACCAGGCACGGCAGGUGACCUGCGUACACAGGAACGGAAGCACCGUCGGCCUCAGCUCGUGUCCUCACUGGUCCCUGCCCCCGACCUUCCAGUCCUGCCUGAUGCAGAAGGACUGCACGGUGAGCGACUGGACGGACUGGGGACCCUGCUCCAAGGCGUGCGCUGACCCCGCCGUGCCCAAGGGCAGCCGCUCACGCACCAGACAGGUGCAGCAGUUCCCCGUGGCCGGGGGAGCGGAGUGCCCCACCCUGGAGGAGACGGAGCCCUGCGAACCCCAGGGAGACAACCUGCCCCCCUGCCCCAUCUACAGCUGGAGGACCACGGAGUGGAGCGACUGCCGGGUGGACGCGUUGCUCAGCCAACAGGACCGUCGGCGUGGCAACCAGACGGGGCUUUGUGGGGGAGGCCUGCAGAUCAGAGAGGCGUUCUGUGUGCAGGCCAACGCCGAGCUGCUCUCCUACCUCAGCAACCUCGACAGCAAAGAAGAGGGUCAGACACAAAGCAGCCAGAAGCCCAGUGCUCCUCCACUGCUCUCCAUCAGCUAUGAGAUUACAGCCUCGCAGCCGUUGGACUCUGGGCUUUGCACAGCGCCCGUCCCCAACACCACCCAGCUCUGCCACAUCCCCUGCCCCAUCGAGUGUGAAGUGUCGCCAUGGGGAGCGUGGGGCCCUUGCACCUUCGAAAACUGCAACGACCAACUGGGAAAGAAAGGUUUCAAGAUGAGGAAGCGUGUGAUCACCAACUACCCCACGGGGGGGAUGGGCAGCUGCCCCCACCUGGUGGAGGCCAUUCCCUGCGAGGAGCCCGGCUGCUACAGCUGGACGCUGGUCAAGCUGGAGGAGUGCAUCCCCGACGACAACAUGGACUGUGGGCCAGGCACACAGCAACCCCAAAUCCAGUGUAUCAACAGCGAUGGAGCCCCCGUGGAUAAUGGCCUGUGCAGUGAGCUGACUGCCCCAGGGCCAGCUGUCUGUGAGGUGCCCUGCCCCAGAGACUGUGCCCUCACCCCCUGGACACAGUGGUCCUCCUGUUCCCAGACCUGCUCCAGCAAGACCACCGAGGGCCGGCAGAUGAGAACCCGCUCCAUCCUGGCCUACAACGCAGGAGAAGGCGGAGCCAUGUGCCCCAACAGCACUUCCCUCCAGGAGGCGCGCAGCUGCAACGAGCACCCCUGCAUGGUGUACCACUGGCAGACCGGACCCUGGUCCCAGUGCACCGAGGACCCGUCGGUGGCCAGCACCAACACCAGCCUUAGCACCAGCAAGGCCUCCUGCUCCAUGGGCCUGCAGACGCGCAAGGUCAUCUGUGUCAAGGUCAACGUGGGACAGGUGCCCCCCAAGAAGUGCCCAGAAGGUCCUCGUCCUGAGGCAGUGAGGCCGUGCCUGCUCCCCUGCAAGAGGGACUGCCUGGUCACUCCCUUCAGCGAAUGGUCUGACUGCACCCCGUCCUGUGAACCAGGUGCUGUGGCCCAAAAGCCCAAGCAGUCCCGCAGGCGCAUGGUCAUCCAGAUGCCCUCCAACGGGGGCCAGGAGUGUCCCGAGGUGCUGUUCGAGGAGAAGGAGUGCACCCCCACGACUGUCUGCCCAGGCUACAGAUGGAAAACCCACAAGUGGCGGCGCUGUCAGCUGGUGCCGUGGUCUGUCCGCCAGGAGAGUCCCGGUGCUCAGGAGGCCUGCGGAUCGGGACUUCAGACCAGAGCGGUGUCGUGUCGUCAGCUGGACGGCUCCGUGGCGGACGUGGGCCAGUGUCUGAAGCUGUCCGGCACCAUGCCCCCCAUCACGCAGCCCUGCCAGCUGCCCUGCCAGGACGACUGCCAGCUCACCCAGUGGUCCAAGUUCUCGCCCUGCGACUUCGACUGCGUGGGCGUGCGGACUCGCAGGAGGGCACUCGUGGGCAAGAGCAAGAAGAGGGACAAGUGCAAAAACAGCCAGCAGUUCCCGCUGAGCGAGACCCAGUACUGUCCGUGCGACAAGUACAACGCGCAGCCCGUGGGGAACUGGUCCGACUGCGUCCUGCCGGAGGGGCGUCCCGAAGGCACGCCGGUCGCCAAGCCGGGCGUGGGCAUGGCCGACGUGCGGGAGUGCGGGCAGGGCUACCGCUACCAGGCCAUGGCGUGCUACGACCAGAAUAACCGGCUCGUGGAGACGUCGCGCUGCAACAGCCAUGGCUACAUCGAGGAGGCCUGCAUCAUCCCCUGCCCGUCCGACUGCAAGCUGAGCGAGUGGUCCAACUGGUCCCGCUGCAGCAAGUCGUGCGGCAGCGGGGUCAAAGUUCGCUCCAAGUGGCUCCGCGAGAAGCCGUACAACGGCGGCCGGCCAUGUCCCAAACUGGACCACAUUAAUCAGGUGUGUGUGUAUGAGGUGGUUCCGUGUGUGAGUGACUGCAGCCAGUACAUCUGGGUGGCGGAACCAUGGAGCGUGUGGAAGGUCAGCAACGUGGACCUGAAGGAGAACUGCGGAGAGGGAGUCCAGACCCGGAAAGUCAGGUGCAUGCUGAACACGGUGGACGGGCCCUCGGACCCGGUGGAGGACUACCUGUGUGACCCGGAGGAGAUGCCCCUGGGGACGCGGGAGGGUCGGCUGCCCUGUCCAGAGGACUGCGUCCUGUCCGACUGGACUGCCUGGAGCCCCUGUAACAUGCCGUGUGAUGGGCGGAUGGACAGGAUCCGGACAGCGUACGCCAUCAGGCAGCCGGGCGGUGGGAAGGAGUGUCCAGACAGCCUGGAGACCGAGGUCUGCCUCCUCAACAAGAACUGCUACCAUUACACCUACAAUGUCACAGACUGGAGCACCUGCCAGCUGAGCCCAAACGCUGUGUGUGGUGUGGGGCUCAAGACCAGGAUGCUGGACUGCGUCCGCAGCGAUGGCAAAUCUGUGGACCUGAAGAUCUGCGAAGAGCUGGGCCUGGAGAGGAGGUGGCAGAUGAACACCUCCUGCACAGUGGAGUGCCCCGUCAACUGCCAGCUCUCCGAUUGGUCCGCCUGGUCGGAGUGCUCCCACAACUGCGGACUGGAAGGGCGAAUGUGGCGGAAGCGGACGGUGGUGCGGGCGUCUCAGGGGGACGGGAGGCCAUGCCCGGCGCAGAUGGGGCAGUGGAAGCCGUGCCCUGUGCGGCCCUGCUACAGAUGGCAGUACAGCGCCUGGUCAGAGUGCAGGGUGGAGGAGGUGGUGUGUGGAGAGGGCCUGCGUUUCCGCAACCUGUCGUGCGUGGUGUCGGACGGCUCUCCCCAGGACGAGGGCAGUGUGGCGGAGGAGGAGCUGUGUGUGGGACUGGAACUGGCCGUGGAGGGGGACAAACGCAUAGUGCUAGAGGAGCCCUGCACUCUGCCCUGCCCAGGUGACUGCUACCUGAUGGAGUGGUCUGACUGGAGCCCCUGUCAGAGUGUGUGUGUGAAGGGCCAGCGGCUGGACUUCCCUGCUAUCCAGGCCCACUCGCGCGCCGUCAUCGCACAGGAGCCACAGAACCUCAUGCAGUGCCCCGACCAGGAGUGGGAGUCCAGAAGCUGCACCGAUGGGGAGUGUUUUGAAUACAAGUGGAUGGGCAGUGCGGAGUCGGGCUACUCCGAUAUGAUCUGGUGCCAGCGUUCAGAUGGCGUUAAUGUCACAGGCGGCUGUCCUCCACUGCCCCAGCCUGGAUCGGAGCAGCUCUGCAACCCACCGUGUGACAAGCCAAAGUCCUUCUGCUCAGAGACGGGUUUGUGCAUGUGCGAGGAGGGCUUCACUGAGAUGCUGACCUCGGAGGGCCUGCUGGACCAGUGCGCCCUCAUCCCCGUGCUGGAGAUCCCCACCGCCGGCGACCAGAACGCCGACAUCAAGACCAGCCGCGCCAGCAACCCCACCCAGCCCACCACCGUGCAGCCCGGCAGGAGCGGGCGCACCUGGUACCUCCAGCCCUUUGGGCCAGAUGGCAAGUUGAAGACGUGGGUGUACGGCGUGGCCGCUGGUGUACUGGUGCUUCUCAUCUUCAUUGUGUCUAUGAUCUACCUUGCUUGCAAAAAGCCAAAGAAGCCCCAGAGAAGACAAAGCAACAACAACCGCCUGAAGCCUCUAACGCUGGCCUAUGACGGAGAUGCUGACAUGUAA